GUCGUUGCACUGCUUUCCCUCUCAAUUCCAAAUUACAACGAAAGAUACACAUAACUCGCAGCAAAACCCUAGAAAGCAUCAAUGGCGAUCGCGCGAACCGGAGUUUUCGUCGACGACUACUUGGAAUACGCGAGCACAUUGCCGGCCGAGCUGCAGAGGCUCCUCAACACGAUUCGGGAACUAGAUGACCGCUCCCAGUCGAUGAUAAACCAGACGAGGCAUCAGACGAAGUACUGUUUGGGAUUGUCGAAGAAAGGAAAUGUAAACAAUUACUACAACAACAACGAAGAAGAAGAGUCCGCCAUUGAUAAAAUGCGAAAGGAAAUCGAGGCCAAUCAGGAUAAUGCUCUGAAUCUUUGCACCGAGAAGGUUUUGUUGGCACAGCAAGCUUAUGAUCUGAUAGAUAGUCAUAUAAAACGACUUGAUGAGGAUCUGACCCACUUUGCAGAGGAUCUAAAGCAAGAAGGAAAAAUAUCACCUGAUGAACCCGCUAUUCUUCCUCCAAUGCCUAUAGUCACCAAAAGUGAGAAACGUAAGUCUGUUUAUGGAACUCCUCAACCAAGGAGGCCUGAGUACAGGGACAGAGACUGGGAUCGGGAGCGUGAUAGAGAUUUUGAGCUCAUGCCUCCCCCAGGAAGCCAUAAGAAGGAUUUUUCUAUGGCUGUUGAUGCAGAUCAACCAAUUGAUCCUAAUGAACCUACUUAUUGUGUCUGCCAUCAGGUAUCUUUUGGUGACAUGAUUGCCUGUGACAAUGAAAAUUGCCAAGGAGGUGAAUGGUUUCAUUACGCGUGCGUUGGUUUGACACCGGAGACAAGAUUCAAGGGGAAAUGGUAUUGUCCAACAUGCAGAUCGCUACCAUUGUAUUAAUAAUUCAUGUGCCUGUUAAAUAGUUUCUGAAUUGCUUUUUGGGGAAUGUUUAUUGUUGUUCUACCAUCUUUUCAAGACCUAAGAAAGCAGGGAAAUUCCUUUUAUUGUAACACCUAAAUAGUUUCUGACAUGUCUCCGAAUUCUUACAUGUAUAGCUCCAUCCAUCCUUUUCAGUCAAAGCUAUGUAUAUAGGUUCCUUUCCAAUGUUUUGAUUAUCAUAAAUCAAUAGUUGAUUGGUCAGUUUUAGUUGGGGGGGGAUGUGGAGACCUAAAACGGGACAAGCAAGUCAGGUCUGCAGUUCUUAAUUUUCUUGUAUCGGCCACAUGUAAUUGUAAUUUGUAGGAUUAAUUCAGACCGACAUUGUAUUUUUUAUUUUUUU